AAUAAUCUUUUCAUUUGAUAAAAUAAAAUAUGGAAAAGAGUAUAGGCUCAUCAUUUAAUCAACAUGAAGAUGAGUUACUAUGUCGUGUGUAUCUAGAAAUAUCACAAGAUCCUAUCGGUAGUAAUAACCAAUCUCUAGGAAAGCUGUGGGAAAAAAAAUCAAAAAGAGUUACAAUGAAAAAAAAGAUGAGUGUUGGGAAAUUAGAAGCAACCGAUCAUUACAAGAUGGAAAAAGCCAAGAAAUUAUUGGUACAAGAUCCAAAACUGAAAAAGAGUUUUAAAUUUGAUCAUGUGUGGGUGUUGAUGAAGGAUAUCCCAAAAUUUACUGAUAAUGUCAAUUUUGGUAUUCCAAACACUCCUGAGAGCCCCGUCGUCGGUUCUCCAACCUCACAAUCUCCAGGAUUGUCUUCAUUUUCAAUCAACUUAAGUAGUGAUGAUGGUGGAUCAAACUCAUCACAACAUCCAAUUGGAUCAAAGAAAGCAAAACUCAAAAGGAAAAUCUCGGAAGGUAACAAUUCUUCAGUUGACACUUUGGUUUCAUCAAAUGAACAAGUCCUUGAUUUCUUAAAAGAAAGUGCAUCAUCUAGGGAGAAAAAUAAUGAAAUAGUUCAGUUGCGUAUGCAAAACCAAGCAAAAAAACUAGCCUUUAAGGAAAUGCGUGAAGAGAAUAAAAUGUUGUUAACAAACCUAGAAUCUAUUAGUGAUCAUACUACUCGUGAGUUUAUUCGAUGUGAGCAAGAAAGAAUCAUAAAGAAAAGAACUCAAGAACAACAACAACCUUCGAAUGCGCCAACCUUUUAUGGACAACUUUUUAGUGAUAUUGGAGGCUCAGGAUCAAAUUUACCAGAUUAUUAGUAUAAUUGUAAUAUUUAUUUGGUUUAUGUACUUUUAUUUUAUGCAUUUUUAUUCACUUGUAUUUUGUAUUAAGUUGUUUGAUGUAAUAUUGUAUUGUAUAAUGUUUGUUUAAUAUUAUAAAAUAUUACGCUUUGUUUUUUA